AUGACACCGUUUGACACUCUCCGGCUAACUGUUACUAAAGUAUUGACUGGUCUGUUUAUCUUCCAGCUGGCAGGACUGGCUGUCAUUGCCUUUGGUCUGUGGCUGCGGUUUGGUGGGGUUAUGGCAGACUUUGCUUCAGACAAAAAGUCUCCGGAGUAUUUCUUCAUGGGACUCUAUGUAUUGGUGGGAGCAGGGGCUCUCAUGACCACAGUUGGAUUUUUUGGAUGCUGUGGAGCAGCGCGGGAGUCUCAGUGCUUAAUUGGAGCAUUCUUUGCUUGCUUGUUGGUGAUAUUUGCGGCUGAGGUCACUGCUGGAGUAUUUGCCUUUAUAGGCAAGAAAGUGGCAAUACAGGAAGCCCAGAAAAUCUAUGAAGAUGUUUAUGACGACUAUAUGAAAAACCCAGGAGGAAAGGUCAACAGCACUAUCUAUCGCUACCACUUGGCUCUCCAAUGCUGUGGUAAAGAUAAUAUGGAACAACGAAUGGGAUUACCCUGUCCAGAGAAUAUCCAGAAGGCAAGUAACUGCCUCGUUGAAAUCCAGAAUGUAAUUGAUGCUAAUUUGCAUUUAGUUGGAAUUGUUGGAAUUGCAAUUGCUGGCAUCACAAUCUUUGGCAUGAUAUUCAGCAUGGUUCUGUGCUGUGCGAUCCGUAACACAAGAGACAUGAUCUAA